GACUUGGAGAUUAUCUCUUCAGUUUGUUUACACUGGCUUUAAUUCUUCUGUAAUUCAGGUAAUUGAAAUGGCAAGUCGUGAUACCGGAGAUGCUGUGAAUGAAAGACUGGUUGCAGCUAUAUUCGAACGGGCUGCAAGCCAUCGCUACGAUCCAGCUGUUUAUAAUGAGGAGGAUGAAAGAGCAUUCGAAUGCUGUCGGAUCCUUUUCAGUAAAGAUUACAAUUGUCAAGUGGUGUCUAAUUGUGAAAAUCGCAGCGCCCAUUAUCCAGCGAAACUCAUUAUUCCUGUAAAGGAGAAUACAGGUAUUGCCGAACAAGAACCCAUUCCCGGACAACAAAGUUCCGACGACAGCUCUCGGAGUUUCCAAGCUGGACUUUAUGAGAACAUGUUUAAAAGUUCGCAAGCUUGUAGAAUGAAUAAACGGUUUCCUGUCCCAACAAUAUUAUGGAAUGGAAAAUAUCUCUCUCGUACUGGUUCACUGGAUGUCCUUUCGGUGGCAACAGAUAUGGAUGAAACUCUAAAGCAAGAAGGUUCUCAAGCAAGUGACUUUAUAUUCCAGAUAAAUAUUGCCACUGCAGCUUUCUUCAUGAGGAACAUGAAAUUCUUUAGUGAAAUAAAAAUGGACGUUGCUCUUUUGGAAUACUUGGAUGUGAAUUACAUUUGUGACUUGAGAGUAAGAGACACAAGCAAAAGCUUUCCUAAUUUCGCGGAUUCUUGUGAAGCUUACCAGAAGUAUUACGUAGGAUUCACAACUGUACACAUGCCAUACCCAGGUAUCGGCUAUUUUAGAAAAUACCACAAUCUACGGAGGCCUAAAUUACUAUCUUGCGAUCUAGAUAAGGUAUCUCCACCACGCUAUGAGCUGGCAUUGGCUGACAUAGACUGCACGACACUUUUUCAAACCGACUUGAAAAAAUACGAGAGAUGGAGCCUACAUGAUAUAACACUAAAUUAUCUACUGGUUUUACAGACUUAUCUUACUUCCGACACCCUUCCAAGACGAGGGAUCCUACUGCAUUGCAUUGCUGGUCAAGAUAGGACCCCACUUUUCGUAACACUAUUGCGUUUGUCCUUUUGGGCUGACGACUUAAUGCAUGAGAGCCUGAAUCCCCUAGAAAUGCUCUACUUGACCGUUACCUAUGAUUGGUACAUGUUUGGGCAUGAUUUGACGGAAUGCCUAGAUAAGGGUUACGAGAUAAUGCAUUUCUGUUACAACAUGCUUGAUCGCAUUUCAUCUGACAGAUUUUCAGUGAGGAAAGCUGAUGAGCCAGCUGCCAGAGCAAGGUUCAUUCCGUGUUGUCCAACCGUAACUGACCGUAAGAGAAAGCUUACAGAAGUAAAGAAACUGUUUUUGAAAUUUUAUGCCAGGAUUGAACGAAGACCCAGCCAAUAGCGUGCGUCGACAAAUAGAGGGUGAAGAUGAUUUGUAGAUCAGUAAUUGGCUAGUGACUUUAGACUUCUCCAAUUUGAAUGGAAGUUUUGGAUGCAGGAAAUCUGCACUUUACGUACACAUUCAAAUUAGUGAUAUAUUUUAAUGGCUUGUAUUAAAUUUUAUUAUGGCUUGCUCUCUGAAUGUUUCUUGAUAUUUUAAUUCUUAUAUGAAUUAUAACGAAAUAAACUGUUUAUUAAUUUUA